AUGCCAACUGUGCAAGACCAGAUGGAAGGAGGCAAGUGGAGAAGGAAGAGAGGCCUGAAGAUGUCCUGUCGACGUGAGACGAGUCAAGUGAGUGAGAGACGCUCGGAUGCGUCUGAUUGGCCGGCAUGGCUGUGGUUGUCUCUGGCCCUACCAGACUGUACCGGUUGCCAUGUCGACCGAUGUCUGUGUGUUUGUGUGAAUUGCGCCCACUCUGGCCGCACAGGCGAUCGAGGCGCGAAUCCCACCGGCCGGAGUUCACAGCUCGAGGCGUCCGGAGCACUGGCCGGCGCCGCCAAGGGCGCCCUGGGGCCUCCGAAGGCGACUGGCUGCGACUGGCUCGAGCGCCGCCUGUUCGGCCGAUUGGCCGAGGCCAACCAUCUGCUGGCCGAGGGGGUGGUGCAACUGUUGCAGACCGGACAGCUCUGCCGAGUGGGGUUGGGCGGCGACGGCGAGGUCAGUCUCAGAACGGCCUGCCAACAGCCUCGGCCGUCCGACGCCGACGCCGACGCCGACGCCGACGCCGACGGCAGAGAAGGCGGAGAUAAGACGGACGUCGGUGACAAGUCGUCGUUGGACAGAGACAGACGCAGACGAGACGAAGAAUUGUUGGCCGCCAGGCGGAUGCAUCAGUUGGGCGUGUACAGGUACUGGCAAAACACUCCGCCUCACACAUUUACUUGCUCUCACUUGCAUCGGCUGCCACACUCUGCUCCAUUUGCUCUUCUACCUACCUUUCUUCACUCUGUUGAUUUCUUUCACUUCCCAUCAUCAACUGCUUCAGCCACUUUCUACAUUCACUCCUCUCUCCCUUUUACCACUACCAUCACUCCACUUCAUUGGUUUCUUUCAUUCACCAUAAUCCGCUUCAGCCACUUUAUCCAUUCACUCCUCUCUCACCUUUCUCCACUACCAUCACUCGACUCCUUUUCUCCACUCCGAUGA